CUAGAGUUGAAAUUCUGCUCUUAAUAUUUUAAAUCGUUUAUUAAGAUUCGUUUCGUCUAAACAAGAUAGAUAAAUUUCAAUCGAAAUUAGUAGUUGAUAGAAUGUAAAAUUUCAUUAACCAAAUUUUUUCAUACUAUGUUUGUAAAUAUUUGUGAACUUAAAAACCCUUAACAUCGCUACUGAUUUCUAGAAACUAUCGUUCAGAAAAAGAUUGAGUGAGUUCAGAAUGAAUGGAAAACGUACAAGCUUCUGAUAAUAUUUGACUAUCUAAUCAAAGUUUUAACAAGUAAAAUAUUUUGUUAAUAUUCAAUCUAAAAUGAUUUCAGAGGAAUGUACGGUUUGAGUAUGAAUGUUCUUGGAAAAAAUAAAACAAAAAAGAAUAGUCCACAACAGAUUAAAAAUACUCAAGUCAUGUUCGAGAAUGGUGCGCCAAACAUUUUAGUUACUUACUUAAAAACCAAAAUCAGAAAAGGACAAUCAAUGCUUUUUUUCUAACGAAAACUUUUCCUCCAAAUGAUGUGACACGUUAUGCGAUGAGUAUUAAUGGAACCACUUACCACCAUGCAGGUUUUUGGCGACAUCCGUGAGAAAAGCGUGAGAACCCACCGGUGAGAAUUCUGACCUAGUGUCAGUGUCUCCUUCGUGUAAUACUAUCAGGUUUUGCGCUUGUCGUACUGUACUGAUUGAACGUUGGCUUUAGGAAAUAGUUUUUAGUCUCGCUAGUUUCAGAAAAAUUGUCUUGAAAUUAACCUUCAAUACACAGUCAGUACAGCACGGCUGCAAUCUCUCUGUAGAGUGAGAAUGGUGAUCGAAUGUGUGUUUAUUAUCAGAAAGCAGAAAAUUAUUAAUCACAAAGAUUUUUUAUAGGAACCCCUUCUACUCAAAUCAAACAGAACAAGCCAAAUGCGUCCGUGAAAACAUUUUUCUGCCCGAGAUUUUCCCAUUGUCUUGUCCUAGAAGGCUUUAUAUUUUUAAUGUAAAUUUUUGUUUGAAUGUUUCAAGAACCCUAAGUAUAAAUUGAAAACAAACUGGCAGAAAAACUGUUUCACGCUAUGGGGAUGAUCUGGCUGGAGCACGCGGCAAAACUCCCGAUAUCGGAUCCCGUUCCUAUACGGAGAUUAUGCGAGAGCAAAUCCUUAAGGGUGAGGAAGUCGAGCUCCGUAAAAAGAUUCAGGAAAAGGCUAAAGACGGUACACUGAAGGUGAGCAGCAGUAGUUCUUCGAACGGAGAAGCGGCUAAGGCACCGGAACCGAAGAAGCGCGGUCGUUGGGACCAGACGGUGGAAGAAGCCUUUGUUCCACCGAAAAAACUAGCCGUUCCGGCUACACCAACUUGGGGAGAUGCUGAGAAAACUCCAGCCGAUCAUCGCUGGGACGAAACACCAGGUCACAAGGGAAGUGAAACGCCUGGAGCUACUCCAAGCGUUCGCAUUUGGGAUGCGACUCCGGCCCAUUCGGGCGCUACCCCUGGGCGAGAAACCCCAGCUGAGAAAUCAACUCGCCGUAACCGGUGGGAUGAAACGCCGAAAACUGAGCGGGAAACACCUGGCCAUUCCUGGGCCGAGACACCUCGAGCUGAUCGUGGUCCCAGCGAUAGUGUUUUAGAUAGCACAACGCCAGCAUCGAAGCGUCGCUCCCGGUGGGAUGAAACACCCUCGAAUGCAACCCCAUCGGCUAUGACCCCGUCGAUUGCGAUGACUCCAACACCGCAUGCCACACCGGGUAACUCAACGCCACUGUUGACUCCUGGUGGAACCACACCUGUGGGCCAUAAGGCUAUGGCCAUGGCUACUCCGACUCCAGGACAUCUGGCAUCAAUGACUCCGGAACAGUUGCAAGCUUACCGGUGGGAAAAGGAAAUCGACGAACGUAAUCGUCCGUUUAGUGAUGAAGAACUGGAUGCUAUGUUCCCACCGGGCUAUAAAGUGCUACCACCACCGGCAGGUUAUAUUCCGAUUAGAACACCGGCCAGAAAGCUGACCGCUACACCGACGCCAAUGGCUGGAACACCGGCCGGAUUCUUCAUGCAAGCCGAAGAUAAGAGCGCUAAGUUCAUCGAUAAUCAGCCCAAGGGCAAUCUUCCUUUCAUGAAGCCGGAAGAUGCACAAUACUUUGAUAAACUUCUACUGGACGUCGAUGAGGAAGCACUGAGCCCUGAGGAACAACGGGAACGCAAAAUUAUGAAGCUUCUACUCAAAAUCAAAAACGGCACUCCACCGAUGAGAAAGGCAGCUCUUCGACAGAUUACUGACAAAGCACGAGAAUUCGGUGCUGGUCCCUUGUUUAACCAGAUCCUCCCGUUGCUGAUGAGUCCCACGUUGGAAGACCAGGAACGUCAUUUGUUGGUCAAGGUUAUCGAUCGUAUUUUGUACAAGCUGGAUGAUCUUGUACGUCCCUACGUACACAAAAUCCUUGUCGUCAUUGAACCGCUGCUGAUCGAUGAAGAUUACUAUGCCCGUGUGGAAGGUCGAGAAAUUAUUUCCAACUUAGCCAAGGCCGCCGGUUUGGCCACUAUGAUUUCCACCAUGAGACCCGAUAUCGAUAACAUCGAUGAGUACGUACGUAACACCACGGCACGUGCAUUCGCCGUUGUGGCUUCUGCUCUCGGAAUUCCAUCGCUGCUACCUUUCUUGAAAGCUGUCUGUAAAAGUAAAAAAUCCUGGCAGGCUCGGCACACCGGUAUCAAGAUUGUACAACAGAUCGCUAUCCUUAUGGGUUGCGCCAUCCUUCCACAUUUGAAAUCCCUGGUAGAAAUUAUCGAACACGGUCUGGUUGACGAACAGCAAAAAGUCCGUACAAUCACUGCCCUUGGAUUGGCAGCCUUGGCCGAAGCAGCUACCCCGUACGGUAUCGAAUCAUUCGAUUCCGUGCUCAAACCCCUCUGGAAGGGUAUCCGGACGCAUCGUGGUAAAGGUUUGGCUGCCUUCCUCAAAGCCAUUGGUUACUUGAUUCCGCUUAUGGACGCCGAAUACGCCAAUUACUAUACCCGAGAAGUGAUGUUGAUUUUGAUCCGGGAGUUUCAGUCGCCGGAUGAAGAAAUGAAAAAGAUUGUAUUGAAGGUCGUGAAACAGUGUUGCGCCACCGAUGGUGUGGAAGCGCAGUACAUCAAAGAAGAAAUUCUGCCGCACUUUUUCAAACACUUCUGGAACCACCGGAUGGCUCUGGAUAGACGUAACUAUCGACAGCUUGUGGACACAACCGUCGAGAUUGCCAACAAAGUGGGUGCUUCCGAAAUUAUCAAUCGAGUUGUAGAUGACCUUAAGGACGAAAACGAACAGUACCGCAAAAUGGUGAUGGAAACAAUUGAAAAGAUUAUGGCUAACCUGGGAGCGGCCGAUAUCGAUUCUCGCCUGGAGGAACAGUUGAUCGACGGUAUCCUGUACGCGUUCCAGGAACAGACGACCGAAGAUGUGGUUAUGUUGAAUGGAUUUGGAACAAUUGUCAAUCAGCUGAGCAAACGAGUGAAACCGUAUUUGCCACAGAUUUGCGGUACCAUCCUUUGGCGUUUGAACAACAAGUCAGCUAAAGUUCGGCAGCAAGCUGCCGAUUUGAUCUCUCGUAUUGCGAUCGUUAUGAAAACUUGUCAAGAGGAAAAGUUAAUGGGACAUUUGGGUGUGGUGCUGUAUGAGUAUCUUGGUGAAGAAUAUCCAGAAGUGUUGGGUUCCAUUCUGGGUGCUCUCAAAGCUAUUGUCAACGUUAUCGGUAUGACUAAAAUGACUCCUCCGAUUAAGGAUUUGCUUCCCCGACUGACACCUAUUCUGAAAAAUCGACACGAAAAGGUACAGGAAAAUUGUAUCGAUCUGGUGGGUCGAAUUGCCGAUCGUGGUCCCGAAUAUGUCUCUGCCCGUGAGUGGAUGCGUAUCUGUUUCGAGCUGUUGGAACUGCUGAAGGCACACAAGAAAGCUAUCCGACGAGCUACGGUCAACACGUUUGGCUACAUUGCCAAAGCCAUUGGUCCGCAUGAUGUGUUGGCGACGCUAUUGAACAAUCUCAAGGUACAGGAACGUCAGAAUCGUGUGUGUACGACGGUCGCCAUUGCUAUUGUUGCGGAAACAUGUCGACCUUUCACCGUGUUGCCGGCGUUGAUGAAUGAAUAUCGGGUACCGGAGUUGAACGUCCAGAACGGUGUUCUCAAGUCGCUGUCCUUCCUGUUCGAGUACAUCGGAGAAAUGGGCAAGGAUUACAUUUAUGCAGUUUGUCCACUGCUUGAAGACGCUUUAAUGGAUCGAGAUUUGGUUCACCGGCAGACGGCUUGUGCCGCCAUCAAACACAUGGCGCUGGGAGUGUACGGUUUCGGCUGUGAAGACGCUCUGGUUCACUUGUUGAACUAUGUGUGGCCGAACAUUUUCGAAACCUCGCCCCAUUUGGUUCAGGCCUUCAUGGACGCGGUGGAAGGUUUGCGAGUUGCUCUGGGACCAAUCAAGAUUCUACAAUACACCUUGCAAGGACUAUUCCAUCCGGCACGCAAAGUCAGGGAUGUAUACUGGAAAAUUUAUAACUCGCUUUACAUCGGAGCACAGGACGCGUUGAUCGUAGGAUAUCCUCGGAUUACAAACGAUCCGCAAAAUCCCUACAUUCGCUACGAGCUGGACUACAAUAUCUAAGUGCGCGUUUAGUUUUUUUCUUUCUCUGAAAUGCAGUGGAACACUGGAGAUGUUGAAUAGUGUGUUAAGUAUUUAACAUCGCUCCACUCGGUAUGACUCUUGCAGUUAGUAACGGUUUGUCCAAUAAAUAUCUGUAGGGUGUUA